AUGAACCCUGUCUUUGAUGCAGAUUUUAUGGCGAACGGGCAGAUGCCCAACCCUGAUCAAGUCCACUUGAGCGGAGAAACUUUCAUGGAAAACGCUCAAUUUCCAUUCUAUGCAGAGCUUACGGCACGUCACUGGCCGGUACCUAUGGCCAACGAUUUCAUGCAAGCCCCUUUGAAUGAAGGAUCCGCCAACCAAAUGCCCCAGACCUAUCAGUCGUUGCAACGCCCUUUUAGCACGGAGAUUCCUGCUAAGCAAAUUGAAUACCCUGUUCUCCACCGAUCUCCGUACCCUGCAUGGGAACAAGGAGAGGGCGGGGAUAUUGGAAUCUCGCGCUCAAUCUCGCGCUCAGAUAAGGUUCCCGGUACAAAUGGGGUUCCUGCAUCAGAUUCUCUGCCCUCGAGUAACGCAAAUGUGACGGCCGCCUCUGCAUCAUCUCUCAUCACCGCCUCUGCUCAUCCAAUCACCGGCCGUUAUCCCUGCUCCUAUUCCAACUGCGCUAAAGACUUCGGGCGCACAUCCGAUCGUCUUCGACACAUCUCAUCAGUUCAUCAACGCGGCCAGAUAACUCAAGGAAAGAACCUCUGCCCUAUUGUUGGGUGUCGUCGAAGCUACGGGAAAGGACUUUGUCGUCCAGACAAAGUCAAUGAUCAUUUGAGGAAGGUUCAUGGUCUUGUUAGGGUUACUACAAAUGGUGCUUCUGCUUCUGCUGGCCCUUCUGCACAUGGUACUGAUCACAGCUCCAAUGUCGCUGGCGGAGCUGCUGCUUUGGCCGGAAAUGGGAAUUGA